ACAAUACAAGGCCAUCCAGAACAAAUUCGGAAUCCGCAUUCUGCAUAAACUUUGUUUACACUCUAUAGUACUCUCCCCUCGCAAAAUCUCGGUCCAACGAUCUGCAAAUAAUGGAUCUUCUCCAAGCUUCCUACAAUGAUGGUGAAGGAAUGGAAGAGCGCGCCGACGGCGGCAGUGGCGGCGGGGAGCUCGAAAACCCUAGCUCUUCCCCGGACUCUUCUCCGCCGCGUCUCCUACCUGCGAAAUCCGCCGCUCCGAGGGUCGACGACACCACGCUUGCCCUAACCGUGGCGCAGAACAAUCUAACCAAGUCAAGGCCGAUCGACCCAAACCAACACCUCGUCGCUUUCAACCCUACCUACGACCAGCUCUGGACUCCCAUCUACGGCCCGGCUCAUCCAUACGCCAAGGACGGGCUCGCGCAAGGGAAUCGGAAUCACAAGCUAGGGUUUGUGGAAGACGCCAACAUCGAUUCUUUUGUAUUCGACGAACAGAUCUACACUUUUCAGAAGUAUGGGUUCGCGGCGGAUCCCUCAGGAACUGAAAUCGUCGGGGAUUUGAAUGCUCUGUCGAAGAAUGGUGGCAAUACGGUGUUUAGUGCCCCGCAGCAGGAGCAGAAGAGGCGCAGGAUCGAGGCGAAGAAAGAGGAUGAAGACGAGGAUCUGGAGAACGUGGAUAAGGAAGAGGUUGAGAAUCCGGCGACGGAUACCUGGUUGUUGAAGAACAAGAAGAGCCCAUGGGCAGGAAAGAAGGAAGGAUUGCAAGGGGAGUUGACGGAGGAGCAGAAGAAGUACGCCGAGGAGCACGCUAAGAAGAAGGAAGAGAAGGGCGCUAGUCAGGAUAAGGGCGAGGCUGUUGUUGAGAAAACAACGUUCCAUGGGAAGGAAGAGAAGGAUUAUCAAGGGAGGUCGUGGAUUGCCCCGCCCAAGGACGCUAAAGCUACGAAUGAUCAUUGUUACAUACCCAAGCGGCUGGUGCAUACUUGGAGUGGGCACACGAAGGGUGUUUCCGCCAUCAGAUUCUUCCCCAAGUCCGGGCAUUUGAUUCUUUCGGCCGGGAUGGACACGAAGGUGAAGAUCUGGGAUGUGUUCAAUUCGGGUAAGUGUAUGAGAACUUACAUGGGUCAUUCUAAGGCAGUUAGAGAUAUAUGUUUCACGAAUGAUGGGACUAAGUUCUUGUCCGCUGGGUAUGAUAAGAACAUUAAGUAUUGGGAUACUGAGACCGGUCAGGUUAUUUCAACCUUUUCAACCGGGAAGGUCCCUUAUGUCGUUAAGUUGAAUCCUGAUGAAGAUAAGCAGAACAUAUUGUUGGCCGGGAUGAGCGAUAAGAAGAUAGUGCAGUGGGAUAUGAAUAGUGGCCAGAUUACUCAGGAGUAUGAUCAACAUUUGGGGGCAGUGAACACCAUCACUUUUGUGGAUAACAACAGGAGAUUCGUCACUUCAAGUGACGACAAAUCGCUUCGUGUUUGGGAGUUCGGGAUACCCGUUGUGAUUAAGUAUAUCAGCGAGCCUCACAUGCAUUCCAUGCCCUCGAUAUCUGUUCAUCCCAAUUCGAAUUGGCUAGCAGCACAGAGUUUGGAUAACCAGAUCCUUAUUUACAGCACCAGGGAAAGGUUUCAGUUGAAUAAGAAGAAGAGGUUUGCAGGACACAUUGUAUCUGGAUAUGCCUGCCAGGUCAACUUCUCUCCCGAUGGGCGGUUCGUCAUGUCUGGAGAUGGUGAGGGUAGGUGCUGGUUCUGGGACUGGAAGAGCUGCAAAGUUUUCAGGACCUUAAAGUGUCAUGAACAAGUGUGUAUUGGGGUUGAAUGGCAUCCAUUGGAGCAAAGUAAAGUGGCUACCUGCAGUUGGGAUGGCCUGAUUAAGUAUUGGGGACUAGUUCUGACCAUGGCCGUAUUUGCAUAUGGAAAGAGGAGAUCACACUGGAAACAGGACCGCCAUAUGCAUCAAUCACUGCAGGUGCAUUUACAGACUUCCAAUUGUAUGACAUGGGGAACGUGGAAAGGUGAUGAACUGAGUUGUGGAUGAGAUGGAUCUUUCACCUUCCUGCUAUUUAGUUCCCAACUGAAGUGAUUAGAAACGUCUGUACACCGAUGAAGUUAAGAUGUAUAAACAAGUUUCGAAGGUGUUUUUGCCCCGAGGGUUUCUCACCCAGUUCUCCCUUGUAUUGUAUUCUAACUUCUUGUGCUUUUAUCAUGAUCCUUGGAUUAUGCUCACUGUUUCCUUCCUUGGCCCUUCUAGAUCCGAGAGGUGAUCCCCACUUUGCUACUUGGUCGAUUUUUUUUUUUUUAAUAAUUACUUUGUCGAUGUUGGAGUUGAACAUAGCAUAUGUCCGAUGAGUCUGCCCGGAUACCAUCAUUUCAUAUUAGCAGUAGACUUGUCAAUUGUCAUCGUUAAGUGAGUUCGA